GAAAAGAUUUCAAAGUAGUCGUAGCUUGAGUGUGGAUGUAGUGUAGAUGUUUUCAAAUUAACUGUUUUGUUGACUCUUAAUAACCGGGACGCUAAUUCAUGUGACUUUUGUGCUUUUAUCAGUGAUAACCGCUUUUUGUCCAUACGGAUUUUAAUCGCAUUACCUGGAUUCAGCGACCACUUGAUUGGCCGGUCAGCACGUGCCCUAAGCAAACACCAAUCGAUCGCUAAACGUUUGGGUAAACCGGAAAGGUCAACAUGUCCAAAGGAGGAUUCUAAGAACGAAACAUGUUCGACAACCUCAUAACGCGAAUCACGAGUCCUUCGUCGAGGAGGAGGUACACUUAUCAUUGUCCAGAAGUGCAUUCUGAUCCGGAAGAUAACGAACCGGUGACGCCCCGAAAGCCCAGAUUGUUGGAAAGGAGGAAAAAAGGUCGCAGACAAGAAAAUGGACUGAGACAGGCGAGGAGUCUGGGACGGCUGGAUGGACUCAAAGAGGCCGAGCGACUGGCGGAUUACGGGCGUUUGUUGGGGGGCUCGCAGCCGUCUCUGGACGGCCGUCGCCGCGAUUUGGAUCGCAUCCAAGACUUAUUUCCACACGACUACUUAGGCUUACACAUUGCUGAACCCAAUUCAACGUACCAUGUGAAAAAAUCUUUCCGGAAGAAGUCACUCGGAGAUCUCAAUCUUAUCGAAAAUAACAACAGGGAAACAUGCAACAGGAUAUUUUUGGUGGAGGCGCCGUGCACUAUGGCACCGCUUCAUAUGCCACACAAUGCCAAACCGAGGCAUCUUUUCCUCUUCUCCGAUCUUCUCCUCGUCGCCAAACCCCGUUCCAACACCAGCUUUAAACUCAAGGAAAGCGUCCGAGUAUCCGAACUUUGGAUUGCCCCUUGCCCCGAUUCGGAAACGGGCUUCCUCCUGGGUUGGCCGUCCCCUGCCCGCACAUAUUUGGUGACCUUUUGCACUCAAGCAGCUCGUGACUCCUGGUGGCGUGAACUCCAACAAGCCCUUGAAGUCCAACUCCGUCUCGAGCCUCCUACUACGAACAUCAAAGUGGUCUAUCGCGACCCUUUAAGUGGCACGGAAUGUUCAAAAACUCUGGGUGUUGGACCCGAAAUGAACUCUGGAGAUGUGGCCAGAUUGGCCCUUGAUGAGUCCAGAAUCGGGGAUUGGGCUUACACUUUGUACGCCCGGGAUCGAGACAACGCCCCUUGUGCUUUAAUCGGCUGCGAGCGCCCCCAUAGUAUACAGUUGGCGAGACUGAGACAGUCGUUGUGUGCCGAAGAGGGUUUUGAUUUAACUCAUUGUAACAAUAAUCGGAUACCGAGUGAUAUUGUUUUUGAGUUAAAACCGAAUAUUAAACCCUCUCCGAGAAAGACACCUUUAAAAUUGUUCCGUAAAACCACCGGUCGGUUAUUCGGAGUCCCUCUGUCUCGCCUAUGCACCAAUAAUGCCCUUCCGCCUGCCAUCACCUCCUGUCUUCGAGCCCUCUUCCAGAGAGGUCCCCACACGCAGGGUAUUUUCCGACGGUGUGCCUCGGCUCGCGCCUUGCGCGAACUCCGGGAGAAAGUGGAUACUCAAGGAGCCACCGUUUGUGAGGAAAUAUCAAACACUCCAGCUCUUCUCCUCGCCGCACUCCUCAAAGACUUCCUCCGGAGUCUCCCGGAGCCACUCCUCACCGGAAACGCUCAAGAAUGGCUCACCGCGGCCUCUAGCGGCAGAACUGACCACUUGAGAAGACUCCUCAGUCUCCUACCUCGUGAAAAUCACCUCCUUUUAGCCAACGUGAUUUGUGUCUUAUAUAACAUCGCCAAACGUGCCAGGUUUAACCUCAUGUCAGCAGCAAAUUUAGGUGUAUGUGUUGGUCCGAGUUUGCUCUGGGAAUCCGUCCAAAACGCCCCCUUGCGGACGUUACCCACCCUCGUCGAGAUGUUAAUCAACAAUUGCCAAAUUUUAUUCGGUUCACAAGUCGUUUCCCUUCUUGGCGAAGUCGCAAAUGACAGCGGGGCGGAAGAAUCCGACAGCUUACACUCUCUGGGUCUAUCGUUAGACAGUGUGGAGUUGAGCAAAGACCAAAAAUCGCUUAGUCGCGAUUCUGGUUUGACGUUGUCGGAGGAUGACCGCGACAGUCCAGGCCUCAACUACAAUAACCCCUCGUUCCAUCGUUCUGAUUGGGCGAGACAAGCUGCCAGAGUGCGCUCAUUGGACAACACCUGGAUUGAGGAAGACGAGGCUUUCUGUACCUCGAAUGAGAGUCUGUGUGGGCCUCCGAUACCGCCACGACGGCCGCCGCCCCUCAGACACUUACCUCCAGUCCAUCUGCCACCCAUGUAUCGACCGCCGCCCCCACCGCCCCCGAUUUACGCUACAGCAAAGUUACUCCUCGUCACAGACGCCGAAAGCGAGAGUUACGUCUGAAGUCUGAUGUAAAUAGAUUCAAUGUCUCAUCAACAUUGAUUGUAUAAUAUUUUUUCCAGUUUUUUUGGGAAUUUUUUGUAUAUUUUUUGUAACAUACUAGUAUUUUUUGAAGCCAUAUUAUCGUACAUUAAGGAAAUUUUGUAAUUGCCAUGGUAUAGCUUACGCAUUUUUUUAUAAACUUAGUUCUUAGUUAAAUUUAAGAAUUUCUGCAAACUAUAAUACCGAGAAUAUAUUAUCUUGAAAUAGC